UAUUGCUUUUUUUGUCCACAGUACGGCUUGGUCGCGGAAGAGGAGACACUCCUUCUCUUAUGAAAACAUUGAUAAUUUGGCAUUCGACAUUUUACAUAUGGCUGCACUCUGAUUUGCAAUUUCUGCGGAAAUGAAAAUGAAAAUUUAGUGAGUGUGAUAGCUUCAGAUACAAGAUAGGAUUAGGAUACCUCAAUAUGGUGAGCUACCCAUAUCAUACUUUAUGGAUAGAUAGCGUGAUGUAGUUUGUACAGUUGAAACAAUCUUGAUUCAAUUGUUUAGCGUUUGGUCUUGGCAAUAGCUACAGUAAUUGGUGAUUUACUUGAUCUAAGUCGUCACGAGUGCAAGGCAGUUGCAAAUACCUGGAGGCAUGGCCCAGUGGGAGAGACUGCAGCAGCUGGACCCGCUGUAUCGGCAGAAGGUCCAUGAGCUGUAUGACGGGGAUGAGUUGCCAAUGGAUGUACGCCACUAUCUAGCCCCCUGGAUUGAGAGUCAAGAGUGGGAUCGUGCGGCGGUGGAUCAACAAUUGGCUGUGGUCCUCUUUCAGGUCCUCCUGGAGAACCUGGACAACCAGUACAGCCGCUUCAUGCAGGACGGGAACAAGGAGAGCUUUGUGUUGCAGUGCAGUUUCCGAAGAUUCAAGCAGAACUUCCAGAGGUACCAGGAGGACCCGUAUACUCUGGCUCGUAUCAUCCAGUGGUUCCUGACCAAAGAGAGAGAGAUUCUACACAUGGUGGAGCUGCCUGACCAGGUGCAGGCGUUGCAGGUUCAGCAGGACUGCAUGGAGACGGACCGGGAGCGCAACAUGCUGAAGAAGGUGGAGGAAGUGCGGCACAAAGUGCAGGUGAUGGACCACACUGUGAAGUGUUUGGAAGAGCAGCAAGAUGAGUUUGACUUCAAGUACCAGACCCACACCAUGGAAGGAACUGUAACUCCUGAAGACCAUAAGGUAUUGCAAGUGAUGCUCAACCGCUUGGAUCAGUCCCGCAAGUCUCUGCUGUCCAACUUGACAGCUCUGCUGACCCUGAUGGAGGAAGUGAUGUCGCUGCUGGUGGAAGAUGAGCUUGUGCAGUGGAAACGGAGACAACAGAAGUCCUACAUCGGAGCCCAAGAGGACACAAGUCUGGAGAAACUUGAGCUAUGGUUCACAUCAAUGGCUGAGGGUAUGUUCCAGAUCCGAGAGUUCCUGCAGAAGCUCGAGGAGUUGUCUGGAAAAGUGACCUAUGAGAAGGAUCCUGUCUUAUCCCAGAAGCCUUUGCUGCAGCAACGGGCUGAUAGCAUCCUUACCAUGCUGCUCAAGAGUGCCUUUGUGGUGGAGACUCAGCCCUCUAUACCGCAGGGGAAGGGCCCUCUUGUGCUACGCACCAAUGUGCAGUUCUCAGUCAAGUGCAGGUUCCUUGUGAAGGUCCCAGAGCUGAAUCACUCCAUGCAGGUGACAGUUACUAUGGACAAGGAUGCGCCUCAGGUGAAAGGGUACCGGAAGUUCAAUGUGCUGGGCACGGCGACCAAGGCCCUGAACAUGACGGAGAGCAUGCAGGGGGGCAUGGUGGCGGACUUCAGGCACCUGACGCUCAAGGAGCAGAAGGUGGGAGCAGGAGGGAAAGGCAUCAGUGAUCUCUCUCUGAGUGUCACAGAGGAGCUCCACGUCAUAAACUUUGAGACCGAGUUUAACCAUAAUGGCCUGUCGGUUAAGCUAGAGACCUCCACCAUCCCGGUUGUUGUGAUCUCAAACUCCAGUCAGCAGCAGAGUGCCUGGGCCUCUGUGCUGUGGUUCAACAUGCUGUGUUCUGACCACAAGAAUGUGCUGUUUUUUGCCAACACAACGCCAGCCCCUUGGCCCAAGGUAGGGGAGAUGCUGAGUUGGCAGUUUCUGUCAGCCGCCGGAAGAGGCCUAGACAAGGAUCAGCUGGGCAUGAUCGCUCAGAAGCUGUUUGGAAAGCAACAGAGCUACGAUGAUUGCACCAUCUCCUGGGCCAGGUUUAGCAAGGAAAAUGUGGCAGAGAACAGCUUCUCCCUCUGGGUAUGGCUGGACGGCAUCCUGACCCUGGUGAAGACCUACCUGGCCGAGAUCUGGAAAGACGGCUCGGUAGUGGGGUUCAUCAGUAAGGGCAGGGAGAAGACUCUUCUCAAGAAGAAGCUGGACGGCACCUUCCUGCUGAGAUUCAGCGAGAGUAUCAAAGAUGGAGGAGUCACCUUCAGCUGGGUGGAGACAGACUUGCAGGGUAACAGAAAUGUGCGGAGUGUUCAGCCGUUCACCAAGACGGAUAUGAGUCAGAUCCCGUUCGUGGAGAUCAUCCGGAACUUCCAGAUCUUGGAGGCAGGGAACAUUCCGGAGAACCCACUCCGCUACCUUUAUCCCGAUAUUCCCAAAGACAUGGCAUUUGGGAAAUAUUACACAGAGAAGGGUGGAGAGGACAGUCCAUACUUCAAAUACAUCAAGACCAAGUUGAUGUUUGUGUCCAAAGAGAGCGGGACUGAGGGCAAACAGCCAAUGAACAGUCUGUGUUUGCAGCACUGCGAUGAGGUCACAGCUCCUGAUGAUCCUCUCGCCGACUCCAUGGACAAGUUCCUCAACUGUGUCGGGGAGACGCCUCUGCUGAGUGGUGGUUUGGCAGACAUAAAUGACGCAGAACUGUUGCAGAAGUUUCUCAAUGACCCAAAUAUGCUGGAAGGGAUGAAUCUGCCAGACAACAGCCUGCCGGAUCUCAUGCUCAGCCAACUAGUUGAAUAAACCUGCAUAGCAUAGCAUAGCAUAGCAUAGCGCCUUGUUUUAGCCAAACAUGCACCUUUUUUUUUAACUUGACCCAAUCUCCAUGUCAGAUAUCAGGAGCUCCAAACUCCCCUCAGAGCUCCUGAUAUCUGACAUGGACAUUGUCAAAUGUCCACCUUUAAUAAUUGUUAGUAGAGGGGAAUGUGGUGUAGCACUCCUUAGCUGGGGUGGCAGCAAAACUGUGUGCAUUGGCAAUUCAACCCCCUUCUAUUAGUAUUUACUGAUGAUUUGCUAGGAGUAACGAGUCCCAAUAAGGCACUUUAUCUAAAUUAGGGAGUAUUGAAAGCACUUAACACAAGGCCCAAACGAUGGCUUCAUUUCAGAAUCUUCUAGGACCUGUUUUUCAUCCCCAUCAGUCUCAGAUUGCAAUCUUUUCUCAAACGAGAUCUUCUUUUUUAGUUAAUGUAUGAGAAAGCAGCCUUUAGAGUCCUAUUUUUUCCUCACAAUCUGACUAUUUGGUUUUGUAUUGACAGCUCAUUCAUUUGACCCAAAGAAUUCAAGGGGUUUUGUUUGUUUUGUAGUGUAGUUCUUACCAGCUAAACGUUAUAUGUUUGGUAUUUCUUGGUUAUUAUUCGUACAAUUUUAUUUGCAUUCAUUGUGGUCUGCGUCCAUAUGUAUCCAUUCAUUAACGCUUGUGUUUUGAGCAUCAUAUAUAAAAUGUGACCGAAAGGGGAAUGGCAUAUUAAGACAAACUACUAGCUUGGUGUCAUCAGGCCAGAGGUUUAUGUCCGUACUUCAGAGAGUGAAAGUCCUACCACAUAUUUAUUUGAACCAUUCACUUUAGCCAGGUAUAUCAGCUGAUUGGCAAUGUCACCUGUAUUAAGUACACAGGCAAGGAAUACAUGGCAGGACUUUUGUUUUCUGAUUCCAGGAUGUUCACCUAUCAGAUACAUGUUGAAUUAGUGAGUAUUUGGUGAAUCUAGUAAUCCCGUGAGAAUAUAGUGAAUUUUAGUAAUCCUGUGAGAAUAUAGUGAAUUUAGUAAUCCCGUGUAAGAUGUGAACAAUAAGCAGCCGAGUCCUGAGAUGGAAUUGGAUCAAUUCCCACUGCUGUUCUGAUCACCCCUCUAAAACUUGUGGCCAGUGAGGAUGACUACCAUCCUUUCUGCCGAGACUAUUUGGAUUGGUUAGUGUGAAAAUCAGCGUCCAGGGUCAUUUUCAUUGUGCAUGCAAACACUAAGGACAUCCUAUAAAUGUGGCGACAUUUCUGCAUACAUAGUUAUCAUGCUCAUACAUAAUCUCAGCUGCCAUGGUAAGAAGUUUUGAAAAUACAGUUUAUGCUGCUGGGUAGUAACACCGCAGUGUUGACGUUAUUAGAAUUACGAGAAUGAGAUUUGAAUCCCCUCAUGAACUUAGCUUCUGCUGAUUUGUAAGUGCACUAUGACAUAUUGCAUCUUGGCACCUGUAGUACAUGUCAGACUUGAAUGUCGUUUCACUGCAUAGCCAGUCUAAAAGUCUUUUGCGCUUUUUCUGGGCUUGGUUAGAGAAAGUAAAAUCUAAAAGUUUGAAACUUUUGGUACUCGACCAGUUUCCCCAAUAUGUCAAUAUUACAGUGGCAAAACAGUAAUCCCGUAAUUGAUGAAAACAAAUAUGUCUUAACUAUGCACUUUUAAAAGAAAAUAAAUGACCAUAUUUGUAAUGCUACUGUAUGUAUUUUAAGAUGCAAUGUUGACUUCUAUGGUACACUUUUGUGCUCAAUUCUUUGAUUAAAUGACUGGACACAAGCUAUGAUGUUGAAGCUUGUAAGUGCACAAGUUGUCUCCUGUAUUACCCAAUGCAAACAGUUUGACCAUAACUGUUGUGUGUGACUUGGAAAAAAGGCCAUCAUAAGAACUUGUAUUCUAUUCUUUAUGUAAAUAAAGUCUCCCAUGUAGAA